AUGUCGACAGUCUGUCCUGCGAACCACCCUGUAAACCACCCUACGAACAGCCCUACAAACAGCCCUACAAACGGCCCUACAAACCAUCCUGCUAACGGUCCUGCGAACGGCCCUGUAAACAGCCCUGCGAGAAACAGCUCUGCUAAUAGUCCUACCAACGGCCCUGCGAGCAAGCCUGCGAGAAACAGCCCUGCCAACAGCCCUGCGAACAGCCCUACCAACAGCCCUACUAACAGCCCUACCAACAGCCCUACCAACAGCCCUACCAACAGCCCUACCAACAGUCCUACCAACAGCCCUACCAACAGCCCUACCAACGGCCCUACCAACGGCCCUACCAACAGCCCUACCAACGGCCCUGCCAACAGCCCUGCCAACGGCCCUGCCAACAGCCCUACCAACGGCCCUGCUAACGGCCCUGCCAACGGCCCUGCCAACAGCCCUGCCAACAGCCCUGCCAACGGCCCUGCCAACGGCCCUGCGAGCAAGCCUGCGAGGCAGCCCACCCUUCCAUACACCGAGCGACUUUCUGUCUAA